GGACGACUUACUGGGUGCACUCGUUUCGACAUCAGAUGACAGAGUGGGUGUGCGCGGUCCACCGAUGUUCUCGAGACGUCUCUCCAGGAGGAGCUCUACUCUUCCAUACCAUGAAUGAUCAGCCAUGAACCAGAUCACUUUUCAUCAUGAUACUGUGCUGUCAGAUGUUCACAUGCUGCUGCCCAAUGCACGCCGCCUUAUGACCCGCCUCAACUCUGUUGGACAGCCAGUCUUCCUCUCUAAAUUCAGGAUCCUGUCAGACAGUGAAAAGCACGACAGCAGUGAGCCAGGGAAAGGUUUAAAGGAGACGGAGCAAAAAAAUGAACCAAGGGAAAACGGGGAUAAAGACACUCAAGUCACACAAGGAAAAGAUGGAGAGGAAGGCGGGGCAGGAAAUGUGGAACCAUUUCUGGAUGUGGACGGAGACCUUGACAUCAAGCACCGACCGAGGAAGAACCCCAACGAGGAGAGUGGCCGAGAUCUGGUCUGUCCCAUCAUUCUCAAACAGUCUAACUCUGCACUGGAAGAAGAAGACGAGUAUACAGAUGAUAAAGACAUUAUAAAGAUUGAGCACACUAUGGCCACGACCCUGGAGGACGUUGGCAAACAGGUGUGGCUUGGGGCGUUCCUCUUGGCUGACUUCAUCCUCUCUAAACCGCACAUGUUCAGAGGAGCUACAGUCCUAGAGCUGGGAGCAGGAACAGGCUUAACCAGCAUCGUCAUGGCAACCAUAGCCAAAACACUGUACUGCACAGAUGUGGGAGAAGACCUUCUCAGCAUGUGCAAGAAGAAUGUGACAUUAAAUCAACACAUAAUAGAGCCUGCAGGUGGUGAAGUGAGAGUGAGACAGUUGGAUUGGCUCCAGUAUGACCUUUGUACAGAUGCUGAUGUGGAAUUUAGUUGGACAGAGGAGGAAGUUGCAGAUUUGUAUGACAACACCAAGAUCAUCAUUGCUGCUGAUGUUUGCUAUGAUGAGGAUCUGACGGAUGGGCUUUUCCGAACACUGUACCGACUCUGCAGUAACCUCCGUCAUACCUGCACCAUCUUCAUCUCCUUAGAGAAAAGGAUGAACUUCACCCUGCGACACAUGGAUGUUUCUUGCGACGCCUACAACCAUUUCAGCCACUGCCUGUUCCAACUGGAGGACCUGGUGGACGGACGGUGCAGCUUCAGAGUGGAACAGCUCCCUUCUGACUUCGCACAAUUUCUUCUGUAUGAACGCAUAGAGCAACUGGAGCUGUGGAAGGUGUCCGUCACUCCACUUCCACUUCAUGCGAGCACUGUGAACACUGCAGCCGCUCCUGAAGAUACCAAACAGAGCUCCAGUUAGCAGUUGAAGGUUGUGUGAAACACAAAAACAGCUGUUCUUACAUGUGUAAAGUCAUAUGAUUUAGUGAGGUAAUAGAAACGGGCAAUUUGACAUAUAGAGUUCAUCGGGGAGUUUUAAAAAUGAAUGUAGAAUAAUUUAUUUUUUGAUCUUGUUUCAUGCAUUUAUGACCAACUGUCGUUAAAGCUAUAAAGUCAUGCAUGUUUGUAUAGUGUGUCUGAUUAGAAACAAGAUCUAAUAAAGUUUUUCAGCACAUCCGUGUGCUUAUAAUUUCAUUCUGUCGACAUGUUGAAAGCAUUUAAAUCUGAUCAUUGAUGUGUUUUUGUGGCAGAACAGAAUGCUGCAUAAGUAGGACACGUUGAUAUCUAAACAGAUAUAUUUAAACACGCUCAUCACAACUAGAAAAGUCUCAGGUGUUUCUCUCCCAAACAGAAGAGUUGUAACUCUCUCAAAUGUCCCUCCUGGCUCUCAUACAGUCAAGCUGCUGGCAAAGACAACAGAAACAGGGAUUUAGUAAUUUUGUAUUGUGCCCAACUUCCGUGGAUCAUAACAUAUCUGGUAUGGAAUUAAUCUGCAGAAACUCCAGUUCAAAACAAGACCGAUCACUUCUAUGGAUGUCGGUUUUUGAGCCAUGACAAAGGCCAAAAUGUGGUCUGCAACAGACUAGGUAAGGCUUGUUUUUAGCCAAGCAGAUUGCCUUCAGGACAUGUCCCCUUUGUCUUUGGUUCGGGUGAGUUGGGCAUGGUGAUGAACCUACAGGCAGCAGCCGGACCCUUCUUCUCAAUGAUGGUAUAAAACAAUAAAAUGUGUUUU